AUGGAAGCAAUGACACCAAUACAAAUAAUUGACGAUCAAUUUGGACAAACAUUUGAUAACAAUACUAAUACUAUAACUACUACUAAUAAUAAUGAUAAUCAUAGAAAUAAUAACAACUCAGUAGUUAAACGGCCAAUGAAUGCAUUUUUAUUAUGGGCACGCGGUGAAAGAAAACGUGUAUCUAGUGAUGGUUAUGGUGUUAGUCAAACAUCAUUAAGUAAACUUCUUGGUGAAACAUGGCGACAUAUGUCAGUUGAAGAGAAACAGCCAUUUUUGGAUAUGGCCGAAUCUUUAAAACGUCAACAUCACAUUGAUCAUCCAGAUUAUAAAUUUAAACCAAAACAACGUUUAACAACAGUUAAAAAGAAUCAUUCAUUUAUACCUCAAAGACAAUUAUCAACUAUGAUACCAUCAUCAUUACAUUGUACAUCAUCUAAUUCGUAUUCUUCCCAAGCAUCAUUAUCACCUAUUCCAAGUUUAACUCCUCAUCCUGUACAAUCAAAUGUUUUAACAAUGUGUCAAGCAAUUAUUUCAACAUCAUUAUCUGAAAAUAAUAAUGAAUGGUUUAGUCAAUUGACUGCACAACCUCAAACAGUUAUUGUUACACCUAUAUCUCGAACUCAAACAUCUCCUAUAUCAUCACGUCGAGCUGUGCGUAUACAAAUAAUUAAUAAACAUGAUGAUAUUGCUUUACCUUCACCAACAUUAUUACCAAUGACACCUCCAGCACCAACAUCAUCAUCAUCAUUUGUUAUUAAUGAAUCAACACCAACAUUAGUCGAUUAUCUUGUUGAUAAUUGUAAUAUAUUUAAUAUUCCUACUAGUAACCAUCAACAAGUAUUAACAUCUGAUAUGAAUGAUUCAAAUGAAUAUGAAACAUUAAAUGAUUCAUCAAUCAAUCAUUUAGUUGAUCUAGAUCAACAUUAUGAUAGUAAUAGUUGGAUCGAUACUCCUUUAUCAAGUUUUGGUACCAAUUCAACAGAUAUGGUGUCAUCAUCGCCAUAUACAUCUUAUGAUUUUUUAUGCCUCUAA